AUGCACGGAAAUUUAUGGAAGACGCCCGCCUUCCGAUCACCGAUCGAAAUUUCGUUUGGGCAUGCGCGCCAUUCCAGAAGCUGCUCGCGUAGGACCGUCCGGCUGCAGCCUCACCUCCAGUUUCAGCCGCCUCAUCACCCACCACCACCCGCUGCCACCGACGUGGCGUUGCCCAAAAUGCCCGCUGAAACGGCACUGUAUGACCUUCUAGGCGUCUCCCCUUCCGCGACUGAAGAUGAUAUCAAGAAGGCGUACAGGAAGAAGUUCCUUAGGCAUGCAAUCCAGAACCCCGACGAUCCUAAUGCCGGAACAAGAUUCCAAGAGAUGGCUGCUGCCUACGAAAUUCUGGUCUCAGCAGAAACCAGGGAGUUAUACGACACGUACGGGACGGAGGGGAUGUCGCGAGGUGGUGGUGGUGGUGGUGGUGGAGGGUUCCCAGGAGGUAUGGAUCCCGCAGACCUAUUCGCUGAGCUCUUCGGAGCGAGUAUGAACUUCGACUUCGGACCGGGUUCGCGGGGACCGAGGAGGAGUAAGGGACAAGACACCAACAUCCCGUAUGAAGUCACACUGGAAGACCUUUACAACGGGAAGACGGUGAAGAUGAACAUGGAGAAGGAGGUUGUCUGCAACACUUGCAAAGGUACGGGCGCGAAGGGUAGCGCUAAGCCGAAGCCUUGUGUAAAGUGCGAUGGCAAGGGAUGGACGAAUGUCACCACAGCGCUCGGACCGCAAAGACUUGGGACGCACAGAGCAACAUGCACAGAGUGCGAUGGGCAUGGAGAGAAAAUUCGAGAGAAGGACAGGUGCAAAAAGUGCAAGGGGAACAAAACAGUCAAGGAGAAGAACCGACAAGAGAUUUACGUCGAAAGAGGAAUGUCAGAUCGGCAACGAAUCGUUCUUGCCGGUGCCGGCGACGAAGAGCCUGGCAUCCCACCUGGAGACGUUAUAUUCACCCUCAAAAUCAGCGCACAUGAAUCGUUUGAGCGGUCAGGAAAUGACUUACUUACAACGGUGCACAUCACGCUCUCGGAGGCACUGCUGGGCUUCUCUCGCAUCCUCUUGACGCAUCUAGAUGGUCGUGGGGUGCGUGUCACUAGCCCACCGGGCAAAAUCAUCAAGCCCGGCGACAGCAUUAUCCUUCGGGGAGAGGGAAUGCCCCAGUACAAGACCCCAGAUCACAAGGGGAAUUUGUAUGUCAUUCUAGAGGUUGACAUGCCCGAUUCAAGCUGGCUUAAAACUAUCGACCAUGAUGCACUUGCUGCGGUACUACCACCAAAGAAGGCUGAGAUGGAUCCGAAGCCGGCGGUAGUGGAUGAAGUACCGUUCGAGGAGAGUGAGAUCGUGGACGUGCGUGAACGGCCUUUCCCCGCUGGUUCCAACUUCUUUGAUCACGCACACGGUUUCCAGUUCGGUGAAGGCGAGGAAGCCGACUGGGAAGAUGACGAGGACGACGAUGACGAGGACGACGGCAUGGAGCCCGAGUGUCGCACUCAGUGA